CAUAGACCAGGGGCGGACUGACAACUCAUGGGGCGCCCGGGCAAUAGGGGAUCAUGGGGCCCCUGUGUCCUUGCCAAAACUCAAAAAAGCCUAUGAAAAAGGUACCAGGGGCAUGUCAUGGGGCCCCCUACUGACCCCGGGCCCUCGGGCAGUGCCCGAGUUUCCAAAUGGUCAGUCCGCCCCUGGCAUAGACUGAGUGAUAUAGGUGAUCAGCACAAAGCCAAGGUCCCACAUUUCUCUUUGGGCCAAUCCAUUGAUACCAUUGAAACUAACAUAUGUAAGACAUAUGGUCCAAGUGCUCUAUUUUAUUUUAUU